UGGUUUCGUCCGUCAUCAGGCCUAUGCAGUAGGGAGUUGUUUGGCGGACCUCGCAAGUUUUUCAUUACUUUACAUGUUAAUUUUGUUUGUGUUAGACAGGGCGUUUUGUUUCCUUUUAUAGCCAGUUCCCCCUGUAGAUUCUCGGUUUGUCGACGGGAUAUAGAAACAAACUGUUUUGGGCGUGGCGCACAACUAGAAAGCUACAGAAGGAAGGCAUCCUUCUCGGUGACUCGGACUGACCGCGGCUGAGCUUAUGAUGCCGACGUUGCGGGACAGCACCAUGUCCCACCCCGGCGAGAAUUCCCACCAAGUCCGGGUGAAAGCUUAUUACAAAGGGGACAUCAUGAUCACUCAUUUUGAGCCGUCCAUUUCAUACGAGGGCCUGUACGGGGAGGUGAGGGACAUGUGCUCCAUGGACAAUGACCAGCUCUUCACUAUGAAGUGGAUCGAUGAGGAAGGUGACCCCUGCACUGUGUCGUCUCAGCUGGAGCUGGAGGAAGCCCUGCGCCUCUAUGAACUCAACAAAGACUCAGAGCUCAUCAUCCAUGUGUUCCCAUGUGUACCUGAGAAACCAGGCAUGCCAUGUCCAGGAGAGGACAAGUCUAUAUACCGGCGUGGAGCCAGACGUUGGAGGAAGCUUUACUAUGCCAGUGGCCACGCCUUUCAGGCCAAGCGUUUUAACAGGCGGGCCCACUGCGCCAUCUGUACAGACCGCAUCUGGGGCUUGGGAAGGCAAGGAUACAAAUGCAUCAACUGCAAACUACUGGUUCAUAAGAAGUGCCAUAAACUGGUUACAGUGGAGUGUGGCAGGCAGAUGAUACAGGAACCUAUCCUGCCCGGCCCGGGAUCUGCUCCAUUAGACCACCCUGAGCAGCCAGGCCCGCAGACUAAAGACUCCAGAGAAAACUUGACUUACGAUGGAGAAGAGAAAGAGGCGCGGAGCAGUAGAGACACAGGGAAGUCGGCGUCCAGCCUGGGCCUGGCAGACUUCGACCUCCUGAGGGUGAUUGGCCGGGGCAGCUAUGCCAAGGUGCUGUUGGUGCGGCUGAAGAAAACAGAGCGCAUCUAUGCCAUGAAGGUUGUCAAGAAGGAGCUGGUCAACGACGAUGAGGACAUUGACUGGGUUCAGACAGAAAAGCACGUUUUUGAGCAGGCCUCCAAUCACCCCUUCUUGGUGGGCCUCCACUCCUGCUUCCAGACAGAAAGCAGACUGUUCUUUGUUAUUGAAUAUGUGAACGGCGGCGAUCUCAUGUUCCACAUGCAGAGACAAAGGAAACUUCCAGAAGAACAUGCCAGAUUCUACUCAGCAGAGAUCAGUCUGGCGCUCAACUACCUCCAUGAGCGGGGAAUUAUCUACAGAGAUCUGAAACUGGACAAUGUGCUGCUGGAGUCCGAGGGACACAUCAAACUUACAGACUAUGGCAUGUGCAAGGAGGGCUUGAGACCAGGCGAUACAACCAGCACUUUCUGUGGUACCCCCAAUUACAUAGCCCCCGAAAUACUCAGAGGAGAGGAUUAUGGGUUCAGCGUGGACUGGUGGGCGCUGGGGGUGCUGAUGUUUGAGAUGAUGGCGGGCCGGUCGCCCUUCGACAUCGUGGGGAGCUCCGACAACCCGGACCAGAACACAGAAGACUACCUCUUCCAAGUAAUAUUGGAAAAACAGAUCCGAAUCCCCCGCUCGUUGUCAGUCAAAGCUGCCAGCGUCCUCAAGGGAUUCCUCAACAAGGAGCCCAAGGAGCGUCUUGGCUGCCACCCUCAGACAGGUUUUGCUGACAUCAUGGGUCAUCCGUUCUUCCGAAAUGUUGACUGGGACCUUAUGGAGCAGAAGCAGGUGGUCCCGCCAUUCAAGCCCAACAUCUCAGGGGAGUUUGGACUGGACAACUUUGACGCCCAGUUCACCAAUGAGCCCAUCCAGCUCACGCCUGAUGACGACGAUGUGGUCAAGAAGAUUGACCAGUCCGAGUUCGAAGGGUUUGAGUACAUCAACCCCCUCCUGAUGUCAGCGGAGGAGUGUGUGUGAGGGACCCGACGCACAGGCCUGCCUUGCACACACACCCAACACACACUCAUACACGCGUUAAAAUGUGGCAUCUCAGUGUCUUCAGCUGCAUGGUUAUGAGACGACCCGACAACAUCAACCUUCUGUUCGAGGGCCGCACAUGCUCAAUAGAACGCUUAUUUGCCAAAACCAGUCUCACACUCUGCCAUUUAUAACCACUUGCCCUUAAAGCCUACCUUCUUUCUUAAUUAUUUUUGUACCAUGUAAAACUGCACUGAUAUCAGUUUUCUCAUCGGGGCCUGUUUAUCAGUAGCCGACGAGGCUACAGAGUUCUUCCAAGGUUGCUGGACACCGGGGGCCGGGGCUGAGCGAUGAACUAAGUGUCCUCUUUCCUUUGAGCCAGUGGGGUGUUUCCAAUGCAUAUUUUAUUUGUAUAUAUGACACUACUCUUGAGGAUAAAUGUUAGACAAGGCCUUUUUAGCUCCAAGCUAGAUCACAGUCGGACGUAACUGACAAGAAAUCAUCAUAAAGUCCACAUGGAUUAGCUUUGUCACAGCAUCACGUCUCUAGAAUAAAGAAGAAACACGACUCUAGCCUUUUUUUAAAAAAAAAAAAAAGAAAGAAAGAAAAAGUUACUCUAUAUAUUUUUCUCAUGUUUUAUUUAACGGCAUAGCAGUCACUAUAUAUGUUCUGAGUGUUAAAUGUCCAGCCUGGUUAACAGAACCAAAAAAAGGUUAGAUCUCUGUUGUUGAGACAAACAGUGAUGAACUCAACAUCUGGAACACAGGAGGUGUCUAGUUCAAGUCCCUUCUCCCAGAAUGAAGGAACAUUUUACAGUAGAAACCAACCAACACUAAUAAAGAGAGCUGAUAGUCACAAACUGUGAAUGAAAGAGUUUACUAUGUGGGGAAUGGGCUGGAAGAGUAGGACAUAAUACCGAAGGUUGGGGCACUAGCUAAAUUUAGCUGUGCAGACCAUCCACACAAUUUACAUUCACACAGGACCAAAAAAACAUUUUUCAGAGAAAUGUCUUGCUGGUACGUUUUAGAAGGUACAGUAUAUAUAAAUAAAUAGGAAAAUGUGCUGUUCUAAGUCAUAGAAAUUAUAUAUUCAAAUUUUUAUUUCAUUUUUUUAUACUAUGCCUUUCUGAAACUUAUGGUCUGUUUUCAAUGUUUUUUUUCCGACUUUAUCCAUUCCAUGUAUGUCUUUCAUUAUAAAUCUAAAUACUAUGUGAUUGUUUAAACGAGAGCUCAGUUUGAUGUCCAAAGCCCAGACACAAUGCAGUUUCGUUCCCUUGUUUGGCUCUGCUCUCAGGCCCUUGAGAUGUGGCGUGAAAACUGUAAUUUGUGUCUGCAGCACAAAGAAUGGGACUCUAUAUUUUUCCAUCUCUAACCCACAGUUCAUUUCCUGAAUGAGAUUUUUUUUGUGUGUGAAAUCCAACUGCUUUAAAGCAUAUACAGAGCACCGGAGAGCCAUUUUCUCACCCCUGACUGUAAUGACAGUAAAUGAUUAUGCAUGAACUUCCAGACUCUUCUCCAGUCAGAGGCUUUGUUCUACUUGGAAAAUGUUUAUGGGCCCACAUGGUGAUAGGAGGAACAAGCCCGUCUGUUACACACUUUUUUUUUCUUGUUACCUUUACUGAAUCAGAUUUACUGUUGAUUUUGUUAUUUUUUAUCACUACAUUGAUUCCUAAUUGUUAUUGGGUCAACCUUCUGGAAACCCUACUGGUUGAUGAACAAGACUGGUGGUGAUGUGUCAAAUGUGGGUGGUGGAUACCACCCACAGGACUCUGCUGAUCUUUAUUAUCAAUGUGUAAAGAGAAAACAAUGACAGUAAAAUAAACAUUUUAUUUCCC